CUAACCAAUGUCAUUCAAACCACAGUUGUGAACUGAGGUUUUCAUCAUCAAGUACAAGUUUUUCAGUACUAAAUAUAUAAUACAUAUGAUGGAUUAAAAAGUAUAAAAUAUAAUACUUUUGCAUAUUAUUUGUAUCAAUUUGGAGCUGAGAUGUUUUGGAAUUAUGUGUUGACAUUGAUUUUGAUUUCUUGGAAUUUCGGCUAUACAGAAGCAGGAUUGAUUGAUUGGCUUAACAAACAGUUAAAUGAUACCAAAAUAACCUGGAAUAGAACGGUUACUGGAUUAGCAUUUGAUAUGAUGAAUUAUUUGACAAACUUGGAUACAGCUAUGAUUGAAUCAGUGAUCCCUACAAUUGCCAAAAUCACAGGAAAAGAAAUCACAGGAAAGCUGUUUAGUAACGUCUCGAAGAGUGUGGUUAUAAGCAUCAACAAAAAGAACAGAUCGGGAGAUGAUCUACAGGAGGAGACCACCGAGCAGUUUUGGACUGAAAGCGACCUUAUGACAGGAUACACUUAACAAAAAAAAAUAAUGUGAUUCUAAAUUAAUAUAAUUUAAGGAUUGGGCACACUAAACUAUCUCAUAGCUACAUAAUAGAAGGAAAACUCCCACCGAUGAGUACCAGCUGCCGACAUCUGACAUAAUAAUAUCAAGCACACUGCAAAAUUGUACCAAGAAACAAAAAGAAAACCAUGAAUCAAUAGAGAGGACCUAAGAUCGUUGGUAGGAAAUUACAACACAUUUGAGGACCAAAUUAUACAAUGUUUAAAAUUUAAUUACAUUUAAAAUGAAUAACUGUAAAUUAGCAACGAAAUGGUGUCUCUAGCAGCGGUACACGGCACCACUAUGUUAAAUAAAAUAAAUGUAUGUAUGUGUAUAGAUGUAUG